AUGUCUCUUCCCGCAACCCGAGAACGCCGACCGUCUUUUGGACCAACUGUCUACCAUGACGAAGAAGAAGUUGCCGUUAAGCGCCCACCACGCGUGUUCUAUGAAGAGGUCGCCAGAGAAAAACCGAGACGCUCCUCAUCCGUCAACUCGUACCCAGCUGCAACACACCAUGAGAACGCCAGAAAAGCUGGAGAUAUCACCAGUCCCGUACAGAGUCCGAACAAAGCAGGCUUCGUCGAAUCAGUAAUUGAGAAGCAGUAUAUUGAUGAUGAGAAGGGAUUUAUCGAGAAACCAUUCACAGCCGACGACAAAUACUACACCGAGCCAUACGGCGGAGAUCGUAAUUCUCACCAUCGGGGUCGACGAGGUGUUAUCGACAAAUAUUUCCCGCCGCAACACGAGGAAGCUUUUGAUAGAUCACAACUCUGGUGGAGUCGCGUACGACACGCCAUCCGUGAACCACUUUCUGAGUUUUUUGGUGUCUUUGUAUUGGUUCUAUUUGGCGAUGGUGCCAUUGCCCAAGUGGUAUUGAGCAAUAAUACUCGAGGGGACUGGCAGAGCAUUUGCUGGGGCUGGGGUCUCGGAGUCAUGCUUGGAGUUUACGUUGCAGGGAUCAGUGGGUCAAAUAUUAACCCCGCCGUCACUUUCACAAACUGUGUCUUCCGUAAACACCCAUGGCAUAAAUUCCCUGUCUACUUAAUGGCUCAAGUCUUGGGUGCCUUCUGCGCAGCAGGCGUAGUUUACGCAAACUACAAAUCAGCUAUCGAUGUCUUUGAGGGUGGUGCCGGGAUAAGAACCGUACCUGGAUACAGCCAAAAUGCCACAGCCGGUAUAUUCGCCACUUACCCGCAACCGUUCAUGACUCAAACCGGUGAAUUUUUCAGCGAGUUCAUUUGCGCCACCCUUCUCAUGUUUACUAUUUACGCCCUAAAGGACGAGAAGAAUAGGUAUGCCGAUAAGUUUAUUCCUCUCAUCCUAUUCUUCGUAGUGUUUGGUAUUGGAGCUUGCUUCGGAUGGGAAACUGGCUUCGCCAUAAAUAUGGCACGCGACUUUGGCCCAAGACUUAUGACUUACUGUCUCGGAUAUGGCAACGAAGUCUGGACUGCAGCUGGACACUAUUUCUGGAUACCUAUGGUCGCUCCAUUCUUAGGAUGUUUGUUCGGUGCAUGGUUAUAUGAUAUGUUCCUCUACACCGGUGAAUCACCUGUCAAUACUCCAUACAUGGGACUACAGCGCCUUUUAAGACAAGGAUCUCCCAACGACAAUCCCGUUUAA